AUGAAGGCAGGCAACAAUGAUGAUGUAAAUGAAGGUGAAGACAAUGUAGAUGGAAAGGAAGAAUACAAGGACAUAAAGGCGCAGGAAAGCAGUGAUGCCAGGGAACAGAGGGGCAGUUAUUGGAAUGGGCAGGAAGAUAGCAGGGAUUUUGGGAAGAAAGCAGACCAUAGUGGGUUUGCUGCAACUGAGGAGGAAGAGAAGGAAAUGAUACAAGAUGGCAAGGAUAGAAACAAGGAUGAAGAUAGGCAUGGUGUAAGUGUGGAGGGAAACAAGCAUGAGGAUAGAAAAGAAGACGAACAAGGUAAUGUGGCUGCCAGUGAAAAAGAAGCCAGUGAUGGUGGCAAGGCAAAAAUGGGAAGUGGUGGAGUUGAAGACAGAGAAGACACCCGAGAUGUUGGGAAUAGGGAAGGCAUCCUUUCAGUGGAUCGUGUACAGUGGCCUGUGGAGGAGCUGGAGAGAGGUUGCUCAGUGGCAGCUGAGUUAAUGGAGAGCUUGAGGAAUGUCUUUGUGGACAGCUUGAGCAAUGGUUUGUACCCGGUGCCUGGGGAAGCCAUUGGGGUGGGCAGUGCCUUUGAGGGUUGGAGUCCCCGUGAGUGGGAUGGGGUGUACCGUGUGCUGGUGCCCUUGAGUCCCCCUCCAGGGCACGCCUUCCUGCUAGAGGAGAACAGUGCAGGGCAGAUGGCAGCAAGGACCUUCAGCAUCCGUGUGGAACUGGUGUGCACGUGCCAGAGGGAGCAGCAGGGCGAGGAGCUGUUGUGCUUCCUGCACCACUCGCAGAAGAAGCUGCAGCGCAAGCCUAAGCGCAGUCUCCUAAGGACGCUGUGCACCGGCUCCUACCUGGACGCGGAGAAAACCUCGCGCUGGUUUUAUGAGUUGGUGAAGUCCUCGUGGCUGCAUGUGCCUCAGUCAGACUCCUGGCACUUGGAGGUUGAGCCCUGCAGCCGGUCCUGCAAAUUGCAGCUGAGCCAAGGCCAGAGGAGCCUGACGGUGGAGGUGCCCUUUGGGGUGCGCCAAGGGGACUCGGACAUCUUUGUGGUCAGCCAGACCACAGAGGCCCAGAAAGGCAGCCCCAGGAUCUUUGGGAGAAGCCGGUCCACCGGGGCCAACUUCAUCCCAAGCACAGCGUGGCCUGAGACAUACGCUGUGGCAGAGGUGAAGUUCUUCCGGCACAUUGCCAGGCAGGUGCCAUGUGAGAUGUUGCACCUGAAAUGCCUGCAGGUCUUCACCUGCCUCCUCAGGGGCACGGGUUUUUCCAGCUCUGUCUGGAAGACCAUGGUCAUGCAUGUGCUGACCACCGUCCCGCUGUCCUGGUGGCGCAGGAGUGAAUUUGCAGAGCGGCUCUGGGGCAUCAUGGCAUACCUGGGCCGCUGCCUGCAGCUGAAACGCCUGGAGCCCUUUGUGCUGGGCAGCAAGAGGCUUCCUGCCGAGAUCAGCAUGCCGCCGGCAAUGGCAGGGCUGGAGCCGCUCAACCUCUUUGAGCACCUGGCACGAGAUCCGGCCGCCCACAGACAGGCCAUGCACGCCUACGGUCAGCUGCGCUAUCGCCUCUGGGUCCUGCUCUGCAGCCACUGA